CCUGGUUCUAAAGUUCUGUUCACUUCAAAGCGUCUCGGACUCUUCGCUCUGUGACGUUUCAGCCAAUCAGAGCCGUCAAACAAAUGUUCGGAACCCGUCCUGUGUUCGACUGAACCGAACCGUGAGGUUCUGAUGGCGGUCUCUCAGGUGACCCCGGUUCUGUUCCUCAGCGGUCUGGACUCGGCUCUGAACCCGAGCGUCCUGAUCAGCAGGAACAUCACGCUCAUCGUCAACGCCAGCUGUCUGGAGGACGUGUCCUACCCUCAGCUGGACGGGCUGCAGGUCCUUCAGGUCCCGGUCCAGGAUCAACCCCACGCCCCCCUGAACCAGUACUUUGACCCGGUGUCUGAACGGAUCCACCAGAACCAGACGGGGAAGACUCUGGUCCACUGUACUGCCGGCAGGAGUCGAUCCCCGGCUCUGAUCAUGGCCUACCUGAUGAGGUUUGAAGGUCUCAGCCUCCGUCGGGCUCAUGAGGCGGUUCUGGAGCAGCGACCGUUCAUCCGACCCAAUGCAGGGUUCUGGAGGCAGCUGAUGGACUACGAGCGGACCCUGUUCAACAGAACCACGGUGAGGAUGGUGACGACGCCCGCCGGAGUUCUGCCCGAAGCUCUGCAGGAUGCCGAGGACUUGAACGCUGCUGCAGCGUACUGCGUCAACGUCUGACGGACCAAACCAGAACCAGAACCAUGACUGAACAGUGUAAAUAAAGUUUUUAUUGUCAUGUUUAAAUCAGGAACACGUUCGUCUGAUUGGUCAGCCAGUAGAGAGAUAUGAGCUAGCAUCAGCCGGACCAGAACCAGAACAGAACCUCUGAACCCAGCAGUGUCACUAUGAUCUGUCUCUGUCUCUCUCAGGGUUAUUCCUCGUCAGGCUCGGUGUUGGUUGAAGAAACCUUCAUGUCUCAUUAAUCAUGUCACUAACUAAACUUCUUCCCUGGAGUUUCUGUCUCUGUCGUCCAGCAGGUUCUCGUGGAUCGUGGCUGCUGCUGUGGUCCUGCAUGAC